AUAGCCAAACUUCUUUUCUACAUAUUAGUUAUCAUUCACUGGAACGCCUGCAUCUAUUUCUCUGUGAGCUACUACAUCGGUUUCGGGUCCGAUAGUUGGGUUUACAAGAACGUGAGUGAAACCAAAUACAGCACAUUUCGUCACCAGUACAUCUACUGUUUCUAUUGGUCCACACUGACGCUGACAACCAUUGGGGAGGUCCCUGUUCCAGAAAAAGAUAUUGAAUAUCUUUUUGUCGUUAUCGACUUGUUGGUCGGUGUUCUCAUCUUCGCCACGAUCGUCGGCAAUGUUGGCAAUAUGAUUACCAAUAUGAAUGCUGCCCGGGCAGCAUUCCAGAACCGAAUGGACAGCAUCAAACAAUAUAUGGAGUUAAGAAAAGUCUCCAAGGAUCUGGAGAACCGCGUUAUCAAGUGGUUUGACUACUUGUGGACCAACAAACAGUCGCUGGACGAAGAAGCCAUCACGUCCAUGCUGCCGGACAAGCUCAAAGCUGAAAUUGCCAUCCACGUUCACCUUGCCACUUUAAAGCAGGUCAAACUGUUUCAAGACUGUGAACCGGGACUUCUUGUUCAACUAGUCUUGAAACUUCGGUUACAGGUGUUCAGUCCAGGAGACUAUAUUUGUCGCAAGGGAGACGUGGGUAAAGAGAUGUACAUUGUAAAGCGAGGUAAAUUACAUGUGGUCGGUGACGACGGAAAGACUGUGUUUGCCACACUUAGCGAUGGAAGUGUGUUUGGUGAACUGAGUAUUUUAAACAUAACCGGUGUGAAAACAGGAAACAGGAGGACGGCCAAUGUCCGCAGCGUCGGCUACUCAGACCUGUUCUGUUUGUCGAAGGAGGGCCUCUGGAACGUGCUUGAAGAAUACCCGGAAGCUCAGAAACUACUGAUUGAGCGGGGUAGGCAAAUUCUCUUGAAAGAUGGGCUCCUGGAUCAGGAUGCUUUGAAAGCUGAGCAGCUAGAACAGAAAAAUUUCCAUAAACGGUGCUCACAGCUGGAGGAAGGGUUGAACAAUCUUCAAACUCGGUUCGCUCGCCUUCUCGCUGAAUACGCCACCUACCAGCAAAAAGUGAAACGUCGAAUUAGUCGUCUAGAAAAGCUAAUCUAUUCUAAAAGUAAAGACAGCGACGACGACGACCAUGAAGAAGGUCGUUUAUCUAGUGGCAGAAACAGCCACAACGGUGAUGCUCAAGAAAAAAGCCACAGUUUGUGUGUUGAGCCAUACGUGUAUCUUUGUGAAAGUCGAAUAACACGUUGCAAACUUAGUCGCGAUAAUAGUGAAUCUGAUGUGAUAAACGACAGUCGUAGCGAUGAUGAGAUAAAUUCGCAAAAUGCUCACGAGAGCCCUGAUAUCCAGAUGAAGGGUGAAAACCAAUUCCGCGAAACUGGUCGUCAUGAAAACGAAGGUCUCUCCAUCGAUAUACACGUUGAAAACAUUCAUAAUAAUCAAACAGGACAAGAAGCAACGCAAAAUAACGACGUCCAAACAAGUAGAACAACAAAGGACGAACAGAUAUGA